CGUGAAGUGUUGCCGCCGCCCUCAGCCCUUUACACUCUUCCGAAAACCGUGUUGUGGUUUGUUUUAAGCGUGCAUCUUUCUGUGUGGCCCCGUGAGGUCCCGCAACUAGUCUGGUUCAAGUGGUGAAUUCAGUUGAUGGGUUGAUGAUUACUGGGUCCUUGAGGCGUUGUUUUCACCGCAGUGGUCGCACGUCUCAUUAUGCCGGAUGCCCCUGCCAAAACUGAAUUCGGAGAUCCGGACGUCGACUCUAUUUGGGGGCUAUUGCAAGGAUCUGCAGAGAGGACAGAAGUUGAUGUCUCUGGAGGUGCCAGCAUAUCACCAUCUGCGACCGUAGAGAAGGAGUUCCCAGUAGAACGUGAGCUUCAUGGCGAGUUCCCCCAGCCGGAAGACACGACCGAGACUGUCCACCAAAAGGAGUUGGUGUUUUCCAUUAUUUCGUGUGGCCCUUGGCGGCGUGUUGGACGCUUUCCGUUUAUACUCUCGUCUUGCAGUGAAGCCUCAAUACCAUGUUCUACUCCGCUCACAGUUGCUGACCAGCUCUGGGCGCAGUUGUAUGAUGAAGACGGCGAAGAAGUUUGCGACACGGGUCUUGUUUCCAUGGUUGAUGAGGACUGGGCAUGCUUGAAUUGCGCAGGCGAUGGAAGUGCGGACCCGCGAUCCACCAGGCUCUUGUCUUGUACAAAAGAGUGUGGACGGGGAUGGUCAGUGUCGUUUGAUGUGAAGCAGCUUCCAGAAGGUAGUUCUGUCAGUCAUGUUCUACGUUUUGUGAGGGUUGCGAAAUCGCGCUCUUCCGUGUCACAUACUUGCGAACACGAGCAUUAUCAUAGUUCCAUUGUUCUGCGUGCAUCCGACGUGAAGGAUUGUUUGGACUGUACCGACGCAGCUGCUUGCAAGGAAGCAUCCCUUACCCCAUCCAGGAUAAUAUCGGGUAUUGGCCAGCGUUCCUCCAUGCACGAUGUCUUGCAGAGAUUGGCACUUUUGGACGAGGCCCAACUUCCAGCACGAUUGCUUCAGCCAGGACUUUGGACCUCGAUGUCACGUGGCGUCAGUAUGCAAGGUGAAAUCCAGAGGGGGCAGAUGAACGUCACCGAGGAUUGCUUAGAGCAUGCUUCUGCUGCGUUCAGGCAGAGUGGCUUCAGUAUGCUGGAGGGCCUUGCCUGGGAGCAGGCAGGCAUCUCACCCCAGGCCGUCGCGGCAACGGUGCAGUCUCUGGGCUGCCACGGUUUCCCACCAGUUUUUAUUUUCAUGUACGACGAGCCGUGGUUGUUGUUCGAGAAGUUGUUCAAGGUAGCAGCAGAUGUUCUGUGCUGCGGCGCCGUAGAGAUGGAUUCGGCUGUGUUUGCGUGGGCGCUUCGCCCUGCGGGGCAGGACGGCGCCGUGGGGAGCAACUUCAGCAGGCCGCACCGUGACUGCAGCUAUGAUGCCUGCCACACGGAACUCGGGAGCCCCAGUGCCAUGAGCGUGUGGAUUCCACUCGUUCACGUGACCACAGACAGUGGCUGCAUGUAUGUUGUCCCCUCGGAGCCCGUCAACGAUCCCUUGUUCGACAAGUCCACGGACUCGAGGCACAUGUGCCCCGACCAGCAGCUGCCCUGGGCGCACAUAAAGCCCCUGCCGUGCUCCGCGGGGGACGUGCUCCUGUGGCAGGGCAACCUGAUACACUGGGGCUCCGCGUGCAGCAAGAACGCCGUACACCUCGAAUAAGCCUCGGAACAAGUUUUCGACUACCAGGUGAAUCAUAUUCGCAGGCCGGCAAGCUGGACACCAUCUCCCAAGCAAUGGUCGAGGGCGGCUUGAGCCCACGGGCGCGGAUGAGAAUAAUAAUAUCUUCUUUGCUCGGAUACGAGCGGUGGCAUCCCGGGUUUAAAGGAUUCCACGGGUUCAAUGAUCUUUUUGGAUGUGCAGCAUGAGUUCAGUAUUAUUAUCCAACGGUGCAUUGUGGUCCAUCGUUUUCUGAAGCGGCAUUUUCAUCCAGUCUAGCUUUCGAGAGAUUCGGAUAUGUAAUGUGCGGGUCAAGCGGAACAACAUGGA